AUGACUUUUAAAGUGUUUUGGAAUACUUUAACACAAACGAAAGCCUUGGAAAAUUCUAGCGGAGAGCUUGAAACACUGUUUUUUGAGUCGGUAUACAGAGUAGCUUACAUAAUAGGCAUGUCGGACUCGGACUCUGGCCUAUAUAUAAUCUACAGUACUAUGGUCAAAUUCUCGAUAUCAAUGUUAUUUAUCUCUGAAAUAUCAUACAUGAUAUUGGAUACCAAUAAUUUUGAUGAUGUAGCUGCCUCUCUUAAUGUAAUUCUUCUGCAAAUGAUAGCUUUAUAUAGAUAUAUAAACAUGCUGUCUCAUCGUACCUUAUACCGAAAACUGGCUGUGGCAAUGGAGUCUGAAACGUUUGAUAUAACAACAAAAAAUCGUAGAAGCAUUGUAGAGCAAUGGUCUUGUAUUAAUGAAAACUAUUUGAAACUAUUGCUGGGUUUAGGCAAUUUAUCUCUAGUUCCAUGGUUCGUGUACCCACUGGUGGAUGACGUAGAGUACAAUUUGUUCUUUGGCCUGAAGUUGCCUGUCAAUUAUAACAAUCCUCGGGGCUACGUUAUAUCGUACGUGAUCCUUAUGAUAGCGUUCUGUUUAGUCGCCCAAUCCGUCAUGGUUAUGGACAUAAGAAUGCAGGCCCACUUCUUACAUAUCGUCUGCCAGUUCAAUGUUUUAGCUGACUGUUUUCAAAACAUCGUAGAAGACUGCAAAAACAGGCUUAGAGUUGAUAAUAAGCUGACUAAUAUGAAUUCAUAUCUACAUUUGGAUCCCAAUUUUAAAGAAACAUAUAAGCAACGUUUAAGAGGCUUAGUGGAACAACAUAAGCUCCUUCUCAGGUUAUCUUUGAAACUGCGCGAGAGUUUAAGCGGACCCAUGCUAGGACAGCUCGCAGCCAGUGGCAUCCUCAUUUGUUUUGUCGGAUAUCAAACCGUAACGACUGGCACGGAAAACGUAACGAAGUGUCUGAUGAGUCUCUUAUUUUUGGGAUACAACCUAUUUGGUUUCUACAUCGUAUGCCGUUGGAGUGAAGAAAUUAAAACACAGAGUGGAAGUAUCUCUACAGCCGUUUACUGUUCUAAAUGGGAAACGGGAUUUGCUAUAAUAACCACAGUGAAAUCCUCACUGAUAAUGGUGAUCGCACGAGCUCAGAAACCUGUCAUCAUGACAGCUGGAGGCAUGUACGAUCUGUCUCUCACGUCUUAUUCAUCUCUCGUCAGAACUUCAUAUUCUGCUCUGACAGUUUUGCUAGGAUUCCGGAAUUGAGUAAACAUAUUUUGAAUACCUAGCCAAAAAUAAUAAAUUACAAAGGAAACAAAUUAGUAACACCAGAUAGUAUUUUGAAAUCACGGUCACAGCUCACACCAAAUUAUACAAUGACGAGAAUAUACGCA